AUGUCAAGGAAGAUGGUCGGUGUUGGCUUCGGUACAACCGGGAAGUUGAGCAUGUUGGCCAGUUGCUUUCAUCUCAUAGGCCUGGCUUCUGCGAGCGAGGGUGGAAGGGAGCCACUUUGCCACGAGAGCUUCCGCAGCUUGGAGAAAUGCCUCCAGAAUGACUACAACCGGCUACGCGUGGCCUGUAGCCGGCACUACGAGGGCCUGCAGGCCUGUCUGACGAGAGACUGGAGGUACGUAGAUGAGGGCAGAGCCUUCCCUCGGCCUGAGGGGGGCUUCAAUCGCCUUCGGCAGUGCCGGCAUGGUGUGAUGCUCUUCAACCCACUAGACUGGUACAUCGGCCGUUCCCUGGAGGUUUAUGGAGAGUGGGGGCAGAAGAAGGUGGACAUCUUCUCCAAGUUCUUGCGUCCCGGCCAGGUGGUCGUGGAGGUCGGCGCUCACGUGGGUGCCCUCACUUUGGCACUGUCUCGAUUAGUCGGACCUGCGGGCCGCGUCAUUGCACUUGAGCCCUUCUACUCCUCUUUUGCAGCUCUGGCUGCUAACACCGCCCUGAACUCCUUGGAGAAUGUGGAGGUGAGGCAGGCCGUGGUGGCGGACCGGCCCGGGAAAGUCUUCAUGGAUCGGGGGGAACUCGCAUUUAAGCAGCAGGAGUUCUUUAACUUCGGAUCGAUGGACUUCCACGAGCUGGAAAUUCACGAUGCCCUGACGCAGACAGACCGGCAGUCUACUGCCUGGGAUGAGUACGCGGUUCUUACGCUGGAGCAGCUGUCCCUUCCCAAGUUGGACUUCCUGAAGAUUGAUGCUGAGGCCAUGGAGUCUGCAGUGAUCAAAGGCGCGCUGCCGCUGCUGCGGAAGUUCCGGCCACUGCUCUUCAUCGAGUAUCGGAACCCUAAGCAGAAGAACUCCGAGCUGCUUCGUGCCCUCAAGAAGAGCAAAUACGACUGCGUGCUCCUCCGGCUGCCGAUCUUCAAUUCCCAGAACUACCGGGGCCACGAGGAGGAUAUCUGGGGAGAGAAGGGCUCCGUCGUGAAUUUUGACCUCUUCUGCAAGCGCGAGGGGCACGAGUCUUCCUUAAGUGCGCCGGUGCUGGAGCUGUUCAGAACCGCCGUCGCCACGGAUGUUUCAGGACUGCGCACUACACCCAGAGAUGCCUUCGAGAUAAUGAGCCGGGCCGAAGAUCUGAAGACGGGGGGGCGACCAGAACGCCUUGAAAGCGAGCAGAAUCCCACAGCACAGCCGAGAGCACGGCUGUCGCGCAAAGAGGUCGAAGAAAUGAAUUUAGAUGAGCUGUUGGACAGCAUGGAGGCCAGCGAGCGGGGCACGGUGCCCAAAGGUCAAAGAGCAUCAGCAACCCACUCAGAUACGGAGAUGAGCUUGAAACUUCUGCUUGAGGAUCCCUCAGGCCAGCCCACGACACGCACUGUCCAGGAGGAGCUGACCUUGGACGACUUGUGA